UAAAAAACUUUGCUUUCGAAAAAUAGAAUGGAAAAUCCAUCGAUGGUGAUAAGCUGCUAACAUAUCAUCGUCAUCACCAUCAUCACGUAUAGUAUACGUAUGCGAAUGAAUGUUCCGGUGCAGAUGGUGACAUAGCAUCAGAUACCGCAAAUCGAGGGGAAGUUGUUUGGUUUUUGGGUCCUUUCUUGUUCGCGCUUGUAUUGGAUGAGUGUUUUAAGAGAAUACAUAAAUAGAAAAACCACAUGGCAAAUUUUUCUUUGAUUCAAGCAGGAUGUGGGUUUUCUCCCAUUUUCAGCAAUAAUUAUAGCUCCAGAAACUGUUUGGCAGGUCCGUUCGGUUCGAUCUCAUCUUCGUCCUCGUGCUCCUGUUCUUCUUCCAACAAUUUGAAUUUCUCUUCCGGAACAAAUAGUAGCUGGAAACAUCAAGGCCUUAGAGCUCAAGCAAUGAGUACCACUACAAAAGGUGACUUUCCCGCAUCCAACCUAGUUGGAAAUGGAAUAAAUGAGCCCGAUCACCUGCUUGUUCUUGUUCAUGGCAUCUUAGCUAGCCCUAGUGAUUGGACAUAUGCAGAGGCAGAGUUGAAAAGGCGGCUUGGAAGAAACUUUCUUAUUUAUGCGAGUUCAGUUAACACCCAUACUAAAACCUUUGCUGGGGUUGAUGGAGCUGGGAAGCGCUUAGCGGAUGAAGUUCUGCAAGUCGUAAAGACGACGGAAAGCCUGAAAAAGAUUUCGUUUUUAGCCCAUUCUCUUGGGGGCUUGUUUGCAAGAUAUGCAAUCUCUAUGCUUUACUCAGAAAGUGACUCAAGUUCUACCCAGUCUGAUACCAAUUCUUCAGAUGGAUAUCUACAAACUUCUGUCCCUUCAAGAAGAGGAACGAUUGCUGGACUGGAGCCAGUCAGUUUUAUUACCUUGGCAACACCACAUCUUGGGGUCCUAGGGAGAAAGCAGCUUCCAUUUCUCUUAGGAGUUUCUUUUUUAGAGAAAAUUGCGGCACCAAUUGCUCCAUUUGUUGUUGGUAGAACCGGUAAGCAACUAUUUCUCACUGAUGGCAAACCCAGCAGACCACCACUGCUUUUGAAGAUGGCAUCUGAUUGUGAAGAUGGUAAAUUUUUAUCUGCCCUUGGUGCAUUUAGGUCUCGCACUUUGUAUGCAAAUGUAUCUUAUGAUCAUAUGGUCGGUUGGCGUACAUCCUCCAUUAGGAGGGAGAAAGAACUUGUCAAGCCCCCACUGCGAUCUUUGGAUGGUUACAAACACGUUGUUGAUGUGGAGUACUGUCCACCGGUUUCUUCCGACGGCCCUCAUUUCCCUCAGGAAGCUGCCAAGGCAAAGGCUGUGGCACAGAAUGCACCAAACUCAAAAAAUACGGUGGAAUAUCAUGAACUCAUGGAAGAGGAAAUGAUACAAGGUUUGCAGAAACUGGGAUGGAAAAAGGUCGAUGUCAGUUUUCAUUCGGCGCUUUGGCCCUUCUUCGCGCACAAUAACAUCCACGUGAAAAACGAAUGGUUUCAUAACGCUGGCGUCGGAGUCAUUGCUCAUGUUGCAGAUAGUCUUAAGCAACAAGAAUCGUCCCCCUCGUAUAUUUCCGCAAGCUUGUAGCCGUGAAUUACCUGGAUAAAUUUAUGAACAAAAAUCCUCUGCCCCUUUUGUGCGUCCCUCCUUAUGCCCCCCCAUUAAUCACUUAAACAUGCUGAAGAAGAAGAAAACUGAAGAAAACUGAGAUAAAUUAUUUUUGGGGUAUAUUAUUACUUUUGUAAACUGAGAGGAUGAAGAAGAAAACAAAGGGUUUGUUUUUAAAAAAUCAGAGUAUUUUAGUGUAGGAAGAGUUAGUGCAACUGCAGAAGAUGCUGGUGGGGCAAAAAUAUUAUGUUCUCUUUUAUUUUUCCGGCAUUCUUUCCUCUUUGUCUAUAUAUGUCACUAGAAACGUACUCUUGGGUGUUGAGACUGAAAAAUUCAGCUGGAGAAGAUGGCAAAAGAAUGCAGCCCAGCAGUGCACAAAGAGGAGAAUGAAAUGAAAGAGGAAAGAAACAAAGAAGGAAAUUGAUUCUUUUUUAAAGAUUGCAGGAGUGUAAACGUACACAUGUAUAAGCAUCACUGGUGGGGCACAAAGAGACACACUAAAGGGGGCAAACGAUUUGUAUUCUAAAUUUAGUCUCUUUGGUGAGUUGGUCUAAUAGGGGUAUACAAAUUGAGUAUGAAAAGGUUGACAAUAAUUGAGUGGGAUGAUGUAUGUAAAACAUGGACUAAUUAUGUAAUAAGGAAAA